ACCGUGCUUCCGCCGUAAAGCGCCGUGGGCGAGCCCACAUGCUUGUGUUGAUGUGACAAUUUCCUGGUGAAAACUUGACUGAGGCGGGAGAAAUGGGCAAACGCGGGAGCAGGAGCCAGAGCCAGCUACUCAGUAACCUGACGAAAAAACAGAAGAAGCAUCUGAGAGAUUUCGGCGAGGAGCAUCCCUUCUAUGACAGGGUUUCUGGAAAGGAAGCCAAACCACAGAUUUGUCAACUGUCGGAGAGUUCAGAUGGUUCAAAUUCAGAAAGUGAGUCAGAAAGUGAACCAGAACAAGUUUCUGGGUACCACAAACUACUCGCUUCAUUAAAGAAUGUUUCUGAGGAAGAAGAUGAAGAAGAAGAGGAGGAAGAAGAGGAGGAAGACAGUGUUGUAGAUGAUGCAGAAAUGAACAAUGAAAGUGCUGAUGAUGAUGUCAGUGUGGAAGAAGAAACUGCAACAGCAUCUACUAAGAUGCAGGAGAAUGUGACCUUAUCUGUUGACCCCGAGGGACAAGAUGGGAAAGAGCCACCUGGCACAUCAGACAUAUCCCCAGAGGAGUUCACAGAUGCCAAACAUGAGUCACUGUUCAGCCUGGAAACCAAUUUUCUGGAAGAGGAAAGUGGAGACAACUGUUCCCCGAAAGUAUCACAAGAUCCAUUUGUACAACAUGUGAACAAAGAACUGAAAGAAAAAGAAAUUCAGGCUGUUGCCACAAAUCCCAAAACUACCCAUCAGCUAAAAUGGCCCAUCCUGGGUCAGAUUGUCUUUUCAUCCAAGUUUCAGAAGUUGGAAACAUUUAAGCCUCCAAAGGAUAUUGACUUAAAGUCACUUCAUCUCCAGAAGCCUUUGGAAUCCACUUGGACCAAAACCAACAGCCAGUUCUUAUCUGGACCUCCAAAAUCAAAUAGUUCCUUCACUCCCCUCCAGAAAGAGCUCUUCUUAAUUAUGAAUUCUUACCGGGACCUAUUCUACCCAGAAAGGACUGCCCUGAAGAAUGGGGAAGAAAUCCGUCACGUAUACUGCCUGCAUGUGAUAAAUCAUGUCCUUAAAGCCAAUGCCCAGGUGCUUGGCAACAAUAGCAGACGCCGAAGCCAGAAACUUGGGGUGGGUGAUGAUGAUGACUUCAGGGACCAAGGGCUAACGAGGCCCAAGGUACUGAUACUGGUGCCAUUCCGGGAAGCUGCUUUGCGGGUAGUGCAGCUCUUCAUCAGCCUCCUCGAGGGUGACAGCAAGAAGAAAAUCAUUGUGAGCAACAAAAAGAGGUUUCAGGGAGAAUAUGGAUCAGAUCCUGAGGAGAGACCCCCCAACCUGAAGAGGCCUGAGGAUUAUGAAGCUGUGUUUAUGGGCAACAUCGAUGACCACUUCAGGAUUGGAGUGGCAAUACUUCAGAGAAGCAUCCGACUCUAUGCCCCCUUUUACUCCUCAGACAUCCUCAUUGCCUCCCCUCUGGGCUUGAGGACUAUUAUUGGUGGAGAAGGAGAGAAGAAGAGAGAUUUUGACUUUUUGUCUUCUAUUGAGCUUCUCAUCAUUGAUCAAGCUGACAUUUACCUCAUGCAGAACUGGGAGCAUGUCUUGCAUUUGAUGAACCAUAUGAACUUACUGCCCUUGGACUCUCAUGGAGUCGACUUUUCUCGAGUGCGAAUGUGGAGCCUCAAUAAUUGGUCCAAGUACUAUCGCCAGACACUGCUGUUUGGAGCCCUGCAGGAUGCCCAGAUCAACUCAGUGUUCAAUAAGUACUGUGUCAAUUUACAAGGACAGGUGGCUGUGAGGAAUGUUCCACUGACAGGCUCCAUUAGCCAUGUGCUGGUACAGCUCCCACAUGUCUUCCAGAGGAUGGAAGCUGAAAACCUAGCUUCAGUGAUUGAUUCCAGGUUUAACUUUUUUGUAAACAAGAUUUUGCCUCAGUACCGUGACGCAGUCAUGUCACACACACUCAUCUAUGUCCCGUCCUACUUUGACUUUGUGCGUCUUCGAAAUUAUUUCAAGAAGGAGGAACUGAACUUCACCCAUAUCUGCGAGUACACACAGAAAUCUGGUAUCUCCAGAGCCAGACACUUCUUCCUUAAAGGAGAGAAACAGUUUCUGCUUCUCACAGAACGCUUCCAUUUCUACAAAAGGUAUACAAUAAAAGGUAUCAGGAACUUGAUAUUCUAUGAACUGCCAACGUAUCCUCACUUCUACAGUGAAAUCUGUAAUAUGCUGAAAGCCACCAGCAGAGGAGAAGAAGCCACAUGGACCUGUACUGUCCUCUAUUCCAAAUACGAUGCCCAGAGGUUAGCUGCUGUGGUUGGUGUGGAGCGAGCAGCACAGAUGCUACAAUCCAAGAAGAAUGUUCACCUCUUUAUCACUGGAGAAAAAUGAAAAUUGAUUGGACAGAGCAUGGUAUUUGGCAUGAUGCACUGAUGCUGUGCCAGUGGCACCCAUUUCUGAUUACUUCUGCAGGGGAGGAAUUGAUAAGAAGGAAGGAGCACAAAGCAGCAUCAGCCUUAUCUGGUACUUCUUUCUUUUCAGGCCAUGUGUUCCUGAAAGGCUAAAUGCCAACCGAAUUUUGGUGAAUUUUGGUAGCCUUUGGAGGUCAAGAUGGAUCUAGAAAGACUAAAAAAUUCACAAAUUGAAACUUUCAUUUGUGAAUCUUUUUGUUAUAAGCCAUAAAUUCUUUUAUUAUGAUUUUUAUCUCUAAUUUAUUAUACUUGGUAAAUUCAGAUUUGCCUGUUUGACACUUUCUUAAAGGAAAGCAUACAUGUAAAGAAAGCAUUGCUUGUGAAGAUUUGUUGAGAAAGUGGAAUACUUCUUGCUGUUGCAUGUCAUCUUAAUUUUAGAUGGCACAGAUUUUGUAAAACAUAUUUUCCCCAGCCAAACUUUUUAAAAAUGUUAUAAAUAUUCUACUUUAAUCCAACCUAGAAAAGUACAUUCACUCACUGAUCUUUUUGUAACUCAUAAUGGUAAAUGUUUUAAUUUAGUUUAAAAUAUACAUUAAAAAUCUCAUUAUAUAAAGAUAACAAUUCCUA